AUGGGUGAAGACGUCAAGGAAUUUGUCAACGCCUGCUUCGUGUGUGCCCUAAGCAAGGCUUCCCAUCGUCCGCCAGCUGGUCUGCUUCAUCCUCUACCCAUCCCGCCACGACCAUGGUGCCACAUAGUCCUGGACUUUAACACAAGUCUCCCAGUCUCACUGAGGAAUUAUGUUAUUCUCAAUGUGAAUGUAAUGAUCCUUGGUGACUUCAACGCUGAUGAAAAAUGUGUUACUCACAAGGGAAUGAAGGAGCUUCGUAUUCGCAGUGACAAGAACUUCCACUGGCUCAUUGGUGAUGAUGUAGACACGACUUCCAACACAGCGAAUGCACACACCUACAACAGGAUUGUUGUGUAUGGAGAUGACGUGAUGGCAGCCAUUGUGCCACAGUCAGCCAAACCAUUCAAUUUUCACAGAGAGUUUUCAAUGACAGUCGAACUGGCACAGCAAGUCAGUGACCGCUACUCUGUAGAAGUGGAGCUGAGCAGUUCCCUUCCUUUCUGGAUGACAAAUCCCAUCCAAAGGCGUGAUGUGGAACACACACUGCAUGCCACAGUAAAUAAAGCCUUGUCAGUGAAUUUACAGGCUGACCUGUCGACACUGCAGAAGGAAAACCUCCUGCUGGAGAGGGAAAAACUCCAACUUCAAAUCUCUAUAUUAAAACAUUACCUUACCACACUCAGCAGAAAACAACCACAAUCAAACAAGCUUCACAAUCCUGAGAUCUUUUCCCAUUUGCCUUGA